UAAAAAAAUUGCCUUUAAUGAACAGCAAAAAGCAUCAAAACCCAAUUUCAGAAACAAAAUAUUCAAUUAUUCUCUCUCUAAUGGAAGCCGAUGUAUCCAUCGUCUUCCAAAUCAAAACCCUUACUUAAAAUCACAUCUUUGAUUCUAUUUUUCUCAAUAAUUCCUUUUAGGGUUUUGUGCGUUUCUUUUGGGAAUCGACAAUGGAACGGAUUGUUGUUGUUGUUGUUGUUGUUAUUUUCUUCAUCUCUUUAUCUGCUUGCUGUUCGAUGACCUCGGCUAGUGUGGUUUUGAUUGGCGGCAACAUUACUCUGUCUUUCGAUGAUGUUGAAGCUAAUUUCGCUCCAGCAGUUAAGAGCUCAGGUGAAUGUGGGGCAUUGUAUUUGGCAGAGCCCCUUGAUGCGUGUUCAGAUUUGAGAAAUAAAGUUGGAAAAGCUUCAAAUAUUAGCUCCCCAUAUGUGUUAAUUAUAAGAGGAGGGUGUAGCUUUGAUGAUAAAGUUAGAAUAGCACAAAAGGCUGGGUUCAAAGCUGCGAUUGUCUAUGACAAUGAAGAUGACGGCAUCUUGGUUUCAAGGAAUCACUCAUCAGAUUUCUUAUGCAUAUACUCCUCAACAAAAUGGAGUCGCCGAACGAAAAAAUCGACAUCUGUGGCAGGGAAUUCAACUGGUAUAAAAAUACAUGCUGUAUUUAUUUCCAAAUCUUCUGGUGAAACACUCGGGAAGUAUGCUGGGUUGAGUGGCAUGGAGCUUUGGUUAAUCCCAAGCUUUGAAAAUUCGGCGUGGUCUAUUAUGGCAAUCUCUUUUAUUUCCCUGCUGACCAUGUCUGCAGUGCUGGCUACUUGUUUCUUUGUUCGCAGGCACCGUAUAAGAACAGAGCGGCCUCGUUCUUCUCAUGUCCGAGAGUUCCAUGGGAUGAGCAGACGCUUGGUGAAAGCAAUGCCAAGCCUAAUAUUUACAGAUGUUCUAGAGGAUAAUUGUACUUCAAGAACGUGUGCCAUAUGCCUUGAAGACUACAGUGUUGGGGAAAAGCUCAGGAUUUUGCCAUGUCGACACAAAUUCCAUGCUUUUUGUGUGGACUCCUGGCUUACCACAUGGAGAACUUUUUGCCCAGUAUGUAAACGUGAUGCAAGAACUAGCAAUGGUGAUCUGCCAGCAUCAGAAUCCACACCAUUACUUUCAUCAAGCCCAGCAUCUGUGGCUUCUUCUAUGUUGUCAUCCUUUAGAUCUGCAUCGACGUUGGCCAUACAAAUUGCCCCUACAUCAUCGCGAUCUCCAUCAGUUUCUCAUAUUCCAUUUUCACGAACUCCUUCAGUUUCUCAUAGUCCUCGUUCUAGCACUCCAUAUGUCCAGCAAUCUCUUAGGUCCUACCACCAAUCGCCAUCUCUAAGUGUAAGUCACCGCUCAGCAGAUCUUAGGCAUGUGUCAUCGCAAAGAUCAAUUGCUUCUCAUUUAAUUUCACCCCACUCCUUGGGUUACCCAUCAAUAUCACCUCUUAACUCAAGAUACAUGUCUCCAUAUAUUCCUAGCCCAAGUAAUGCCUUGCCUUGUUUUUCAAGUUCUUCAAGUCAUCAACCGCAGCCACUGCAUUGUAGCGAGUCUGCAGCAAGUUUCUCCCCAUUUGCCUCCGCUCAGUCGCUUCCUGAAUGUUAAUUUGAGAUUUCAUUUUAUGAUUGGCAGCUUUUAGGUGUGUGCCCAACUAAACCAGCAUUUGUUGGGAACAUACCAGCAUUUGUUGCAUCCUGUAAACCUCAAGAUGUCUUAGGGCAUUAGGUUUUGAUUGGAUUUGUCCGAUAUGAUGAUUUUCUCCUUGUGCAAUGCCUGGAACAUGACAUACCACUCGCUGAUUUGUACAUUGUAUCAUACCAUUCUGUCCCAUGUGUUAAUUUCCAAGGAUAACUAUAGUUGAGGUUUCAGAAAAUUUUUGAGUGUUAUAUCAAGCUCCGUUAAAAUGUAAUGUUUGAACAGUUUGGAUUGGCCGAGUAUUGUUUAACCCGGAAGGCACUAACCAUUUAACUGUGAAGAGUGUGCACUGGAGGUGCUCCUUGCUUGAUGCUGAUGAAUUGGCUUUUCUUUUC